ACAAUAUCGAUAGUGAACUGUCAACUUAUUCAUUCUGCGGGUAAAUUGUUAUAUUCAAGUAGCGUAUUAUCACUGGUUUAUCUCGUGACAGGUAUUUUGCGGUGGAUCAAAAACUGGAUAAGGAAAAUAACAGCAGCGCGAUGAAAGUGGAGAGUACGAAGGAUAUGGAUAAUCAAGGCAACAAUACGAAUCCGGAGGAGGCAAACACAAGUACGGAGCAGGCAAACGCUUUUCUGGAGCAGACUACGGAGGAAUUCGACCGUGAUUGUGAGGAACUCAACUCUCAGCUUGACCAGUUAAAUUCUCUUUUGGAUGCAAUGGAACAGAAAAAUGAUGAGAUUCAAGAACAGCUCCUUCAGCUGCUGCAGUGUAAUAGAGAAACAAGGAAACUUUUUGAACUUAGUAGAAAUUCACAACCUAGUGCAUAGGAAUGAAACUUCACCUAAACUGUAGUAUUCGCAGAUGAAUUGAUCAGUUCUUCAUGCAGAAUAAGCAUUUAUUGUUUCAAGGGUGAGGCAUAAAUCAUGUAAAAAUUGUACAUUUGUGAUUUUUGAAUAAUUGUAAAAAGAUAUCCAAGAGUACAAGCUGAAAAAGCACCUGCACUCAGAGGAACACUUUAAUUGUAAAUAGCAGUCACAGUGAUCCGUAUACAUAGUUGUGAAGUCUCACUUCAAGCCUGUGCUUGUUAACCUUCUAUUGGCCUCCCCAACACACAGUUCUUUCUUUAUUUUCCAGUGCAGUAGACUACUACAUCAAGAACUAAAUUGCUUUCAGGUGGCUCCUUUGCUUGUCCUAUAAAACCUAUUUAGACAAAUUAGCAUCUGCCUUUCCUCAUUAUCCAUCCGUUGUGCCUGCUCUUCUCAACAUUGUGUGUGUAGUUUCAGCAAGAAAUAUUCCAGCCACACACUAAUUGCCACAGAUUUUGGUCAAAAUAAAUGUUUUCUGUUAAAUUUUGUUUUAGGGUGAAAUGUGAUUUGAACAUAUGAGCUAUGCUGAAAGGUAAAUAAACUGAAAAUCAUUUAACUUUGCUGUGUGAUUAGCCAAAUUCUAUGCAAAUGCCAUUGACAACAUUUUGUGUCAAUGAGUAAAGUUUUGUGAAAAUAUGUAACUGAUUGUCUGUGUUUAUCAUUGGCUGCCAUAAAAACAAUGUAUUGAUAAAGCAUUUAUAUGGUUUGGUAUAAAUUCAGUAAGGAUAUGUUCGCACAUAUAUGUUAUUUUAUUAGGUACUUCAAUAAAGUUCUAUAAAAAUGUUAUGACA